AUUCCGGAGGGACUCACUGUACAGUGGUCCUCAUCUUGGGGCAGCGUUGGAGGUUGGCGCAAACAGCGUACAGGGGAAGGCGAUGGCGCGACGUGGCGGCGCGUGGGCGUGGGCGGCGACGGCGGCCGCAUUGCUGUGGUGGAUGGCGGCGGGAGCCGGGGCGGUGUGGCUGGAGAUCCCGCCGUCGGCGACCAAGUGUGUGUCGGAGGAGAUCCAGUCCAACGUCGUCGUCAUCGGCGACUACUCCGUCCUCUACGAGCACCACCUCAACCCCACCGUCACCGUCAAGGUUACAUCCCCUUUUGGAGACAUUGUACAUCAUAAACAAAAGGUUUCCACAGGCCAGUUUUCAUUCACAACUGCAGAAGCAGGAAACUACUUGGCUUGCUUCUCGGCUGAUGGUCGGAACAAGAGGUUAGUGGUGAAACUAAAUCUUGACUGGAGAGUUGGUAUUGCAACAAAAGAUUGGGAUUCUGUUGCUAAAAAGGAAAAGCUCGAGGGAGUUGAACUAGAAUUAGUCAAGCUUGAAACCUCUGUCCAAGCAAUACAUGAAAACCUGCUCUUGCUGAGAUCCAAAGAAGCAAAUAUGAGAGAUACCAGUGAGAAGACGAAUGCUAGGGCUACAUGGUUGAGCAUCAUAUCACUCAUUGUUUGCAUUAUAGUCUCAGUUUUGCAACUUUGGCAUCUACAACAGUACUUCCGAAAGAAGAAGCUCAUCUGAAAUUAUAUCUGUAACGUAGUCCACCAAAACAUGCGUACCCUACUUCUAUGUUUUAUCUAUUGAAGAUAAGGCUUGGCUAUUUUGCCAUCACAAAUGUCAAAACAAUUGUUUAGUUGAACUGAUAACUUUUUUCACCCAAAAUAAACAAAAUGAGCAUGAUGUUCUCACCUAAA